UGGUAAGUCAGUCGUCCAACGUCUCUCACCGGAGGCAGUUGUGAACAAAUUUUAAUAACAACUUUUUUUUCAACACGCGCGCAACAAUCACCGUUGACUCUUAAAACCGGUAAUAAUGAUUGAGCAAGCGACAGCAACAAAGUUCGCCCCAGUUGUAAUCGAAUAUUAACAAAGAGUAAAAAGUUUGAACAAUAGUAAGUGAUAAAGUGAAAUAAUAAAAAUGACUGUGAGUGCAUGACGAAAGAGGAUAUACUGUCAGUGUAAUUUUGUUUGCCGUAACUCGCCAGAUAAUUUUGAAUAAAUAAAAGCAAUGGAGGUGCGUAUUAUAGUGUGGCUGACACUGCUGUCAAUGUCAACGGUAUUGUCACGGAGUAUAACGAGUUUGGAAGCACCUCGUGGCUGCGAAUGGAGGAAAGACUUUAAUUCGGAGAAACAGAGCUUACUCUGUAGACUGAGAACCAUAGCCAAUGCCGUUGAACUAAUUGGUAAUUUAUCGGCAAUUCAGGCGGAAUCUGUAACAUCACUGAUUCUCGAGUGCAAUGAUGCACUAUUUUUUGAAUCGCAGAUUGAAGAUCCCAGGGAUUUUUUUACACCACUGAAACAUCUACAAGAGCUGACUAUUGAACGGUGUAAAAUACGGUAUUUGCCAGCGGGUGCAUUUGCAUCGGCCCGUAAUUUACGGAGUCUCACUAUAAGAACCCACAACAAUGACUGGUCUGGUAUGUCAAUGGAGAUCAAUCGCGAUGCACUCAGGGGGCUCGAUAGACUACGCAAUCUGGAUCUUGGUGAUAAUAAUGUGUGGUCAUUGCCGACGGAACUGUUGUGCGCUGUGCCAGAUCUAGUGAGUUUGAAUCUAACGCGCAACAAGUUACAGGAUGUUUUGUCACUCGAUUUUUCCCAACCAUUGUCAGUGUGUACACCUAAACUCGAAGUACUUGAACUUAGUGAUAAUGAUUUGAAUUCACUGUCCAACAGUUCAUUCAGAGGCCUUGGAAAAUUGAAGAGUCUCAUGUUACAGGACAAUGACAUAGGAUACAUUGCCGAUCAUGCGUUAGCUGGAUUAUCGGAUUUAACGAGAUUAAAUUUAUCGAAUAAUAAACUUGUUGCACUGCCCCCGGAUUUAUUCUCGGAUACACGUGAAUUACGUGAACUCUUGCUGAGUAAUAAUUUACUGGAUGUACUUGGGCCCGGAUUGCUGGAUAAUUUGGAUAAACUCCAGUCACUGGAUCUCAGUAAAAAUAAUUUAACGAGUUAUUGGGUGAAUCGUGAUACAUUUUCUCGACUUGUGAGACUCGUAAUUCUGGAUUUGUCGUCCAAUAAUCUCACUAAAAUAAGCAACAACGUGUUUAAGGGACUUUCUAGCCUUCAAAUAUUGUCCGUGGAGCACAAUAAGAUCGACACACUGGGUGAUGGUUGCUUCAGUUCACUCAGGAAUUUACAUUCUUUGACUCUCUCGCACAAUCGAAUUUCACGUUUUGAGCCCGGUCACACGGUGGGUCUUGGCUCCCUCAUACAGUUCUUCUUGGAUGGUAAUAAGCUCCACAAUGUGCAUCGUCAUGCCUUUGUUAAUGCCACAAGCUUACAAGAGCUCUCCAUGAGCGGAAAUUCAUUUACCGAUGUGCCGGAGGCGAUACGUGAACUGCGCGUUUUAAAAACCCUCGAUCUUGGCAACAACAGAAUAUCGAAAAUCACUAGGGAGUCAUUUGCUGGUCUUGAUGAACUGUACGGACUACGUCUUGUUGAUAAUAAACUUGAGAAUGUCACCAGAGAGGCAUUUUCAAGUUUACCGGAGCUACAAGUACUGAAUCUCGCCAGCAAUUCAAUAAGACACGUUGAACAAAGUGCAUUCUCGAGUAAUCCAAAAUUACGUGCCAUAAGACUCGAUGAUAAUCAGUUGACUGAGAUACGUGGGGCAUUCACAAGUCUCAGUACUCUUCAGUUGCUCAAUGUUUCGGAUAAUAAAUUACUGUGGUUCGACUACAGUCAUUUACCACCGAGUCUCGAGUGGCUGGACAUACACAACAAUCAGAUCAGUGAAUUGGGAAAUUUUUACAUGGUCCAGGGAAAUCUUCGGAUCAAAAUGCUGGACGCUAGUUACAAUCUCAUCACUGAAGUAUCUGAUUCAAGUAUACCCGAUGGCAUUGAAACACUCCGACUUAAUAACAAUAGAAUACGUAGUGUUUCACCGGGUACAUUUUUGCGAAAAACCAGUCUUGAGAAGGUUAUUCUCUAUGGUAAUGAGAUCAAGCACAUUGAUAUUGCAGCAUUGGCUAUUCAGGAGGUGCCUGUUGAGCGUAAUUUGCCAGAAUUUCACAUUGGUGAUAAUCCAUUUUUGUGUGAUUGCUCGAUGGAGUGGUUACCCAAGAUCAAUGAGCAACCACGACCUCGAGAAUAUCCGAGGGUUAUGGAUCUUGAUGCUGUAACGUGUGACAUGGUACACAUAAGGGCAACACCAAAACGUCCACUAUUAUCAUUGAGAGCUAAGGACUUUCUCUGUCGUUACGAGGCACACUGUUUUGCACUGUGUCAUUGUUGUGAUUUUGAUGCUUGUGAUUGUGAAAUGACAUGUCCUGAUAAUUGCUCGUGCUAUCAUGACCACAGUUGGUCGAGUAAUGUCGUUGAUUGCUCCAAUGGUGGUUAUAAAAAUGUGCCAGAGAGAAUUCCCAUGGAUGCUACAGAAAUAUAUCUUGAUGGAAAUGAUCUUGGGGAUUUGGGUAGUCACGUUUUUAUUGGAAAACGACGACUCGAGGUAUUGUAUUUGAAUAACAGUGCCAUUUCCGCUCUCCAUAAUCGAACAUUCAAUGGUGCACCAGCAUUACGUGUUUUACAUCUUGAGGGUAAUGCCCUACGAGAACUUCGUGGAUUUGAGUUCGAUCAACUGGAAACACUAUCUGAACUGUAUCUGGAUCACAAUGCUAUUGCUGAAGUUGGCAAUACGACUUUUAAUAAAAUGAAGAGUCUGGAAGUGUUGAGAUUGGAUAGCAAUAGAAUUGUCGAUUUCCGUCCAUGGGAAGCAUUGGCUGGUACUGGGGCUGGUGCUAGAGUUGCACUUGAGGGUAAUGCGUGGAACUGUGAUUGCAGUAAUACAGCUAAAUUGCGAUCUUGGCUGGGACAGCACGAUGGUGAUGCUGAGAAAAUGUAUUGCCGAGAUGGAACUGAAACACUUGCCCAGGCACUACGCCGCUGUGGUGAUCCAUCGACCGAGGCUGUCUCCAGAGGUAUACCAGAUACAAAUCUCACGGGUGGUAACUUUGUACCACUACUGGCUGGUGCACUUGUUGUGGUCAUUGUCAUUUGCCUGGUGGUUGCACUUGCUUUUGCAUUCAGGCAAGAUGUACGUCUGUGGAUGCACUCAAAGUACGGCCUCAGACUUGGUAAAGUUGUAAAUCCACCAGAUGAAGAGCGUGACAGACUCUACGAUGGCUAUAUCAUCUACAAUGAGAGAGAUCAGGACUUUGUCUCAGGAUGUUUGUCAGCUGAAUUGGAGCAAUCGGGCUUGAGUUUGUGCCUUCAUUAUCGUGAUUUACCACCAUCGAGAUAUCAGGAGGCAUUACCACCAGCUGCAGCAGCAGCGAGGCGCAUUGUGUUGAUAUUUUCACCGGUAUUUUUCGCCAAUGAGUGGCAGCAUCCGGAAUUUCGUGCUGCCCUUCGUUGUGUCCUUGAUACUAUUAGACCGAGCUCAAGGAGGCGCAGGGUUGUCAUUCUUAUGGCAACCGAAGCACCACGUAAUCAGGAUACCGAGCUUCAACUACUGCUUCAAACCUGCGAGGUCAUCACAUGGAGUGACAAGCGUUUCUGGGAAAAACUGAGAUUCGCUAUGCCAGAUCCAGCGGACAAAAGGCGAGAUGGAAAGAAGAUCAAUGGUGACAGAUGUGGUGUGAGGGUACCGGCGCGUUACACAGCCGCACCCUCAGCACCAGCGGACCUAUGGGCCAAACCAAAUGGACUUUUGGUCGCUCCGGUUCAUCAUGCACCCACGCCAACCCCCACGCAGUCAACCUACGUUAGUUCCGCAUCAAGCAGAACUGAGGACGAGGACAGCGGUGCUGAGCAUCAACAUCACGGUGGCUACAGUGCCCUUCACACUGCCAAUGGUAGACCAGCAAGUCUUUCAUCACGUGGUAGCCAUCUUUACAGUACGAUACCAGAACCACCAUUGUCACAGGGGCAUAUUGGUGGUGUUGGUGGUAUGCCUGUUAAUCCUCGUACUUAUUUCGUGUAGCUUACAUCCGUGUAUUUAAAGAUAUAUCGUAAAAUGUCGCCCAGAUUGCUUUCAUCAAAUUUUAUCCCUUCUCGUUUCUUCACUAAAACUCCCACGUGUUUGUACAUAAGACAUUUUUUUUUUCGUUUAAAUAUGUAAGGAUGGAAGAUGAAAAUUUAUUGUGAGGAAGUGCGGAGGGAGAGUUCUCUGGACGUUUCGUGUGAACCCUAUUUUUCUAGGGUUACUCUGACUAAGACUGGAUAUGAAUGGAAUGCGAGGAGUUGUGUAUGGUAAUUGAAUUGCAGUGAGAAGCGUGUAAUUAUUGGCUGUCAGGCGAGGGACAGACGUGAGUUACGAACUCGAUGACGGUUAAGUCCGUGCAUAAAGACUUAUAGCAAACAUUGAUAAUUUUUAUAUUGAUUUCUAUGUCUCUCUUUAUUUAUCUUAAAAUACCACCAGUAGUUCCUUGAACUUGUUCGCAUUAAACAUUUUCCAUGUUGAUUUUUAUAUUGUUCGGUAUGGGAAAUAGAAAAAAAAAUGUAAACAAGACUCACGUAAUUUGAGGCAAAACUAGCGUCACGUUACCUCAUUCUGUCCAAUUGCCGACUGUGGCUUUUCUCGUGUCUGAGAAGCCACCCAACGCUUAUUAGUCCAUAAGUAAAGAAACCUCUGUAAAUAAUGUAUCUACUUUUGUAUAUAGAACGAGAAAGAAAAACAAUACAACGGGUUUGUUUGAGACAAAUCUCCAAGGGCCCAUCCUAUAAAUGUUCGUAUUAAUUAUUUCUUAGAAAUGAAAACUGUGAAAAAAAAAUCCAAGAUAAAAAACAAAAACUUAAACUUGUAUUCUAUUGUUGUAAAUAGUGUUUCACGCGACGCAUUUUAUUCACCUGUUAUACUAAAUUAAUUCAUGAUCGAGAGAGAAGAACCACUGAACGAAUUUUUUUUCUAAUAAAAUGAGAAGAAAAAAGACUACGAAUUAUUGAAAAUGGAAAA